UUAAGUCUGGCAGCAACAGUUGCAACUGGUACUUUAAGCACUAAAGAAGCAUUGAGUGGAUUUAAUUCAAAUAUCUCUUGGUUGGUACUAUUAGCAUUAUUUGUAUCUGAAAGUAUAUCUAAAUCAGGAUUAGGUAAAAGAAUAGCAUAUUUUUUAAUUUGUAAAUCUAAAAAUAGCCUAAUAGGUUUAUCUUAUACAUUAAUUAUGUGUGAAUUGAUAUUAUCUCCAGCAAUUCCAAGUAUAGUUGCUAGGGGAGGUGGUAUAAUUUAUCCGAUACUUACGUCUGUAAUUGAAGUUCUUAAUAAGAAUGAAAAAAAAGAAAAUAUAAAUUUAUACCUUAUCCAAGCUUGUUUUCAUUCUACAGUAAUUACAAGUGCAAUAACACUAACUGCUAUGGCUGCAAAUCCAUUAAUUGUCAGUAUUGCUGGCACAUUUGGUAUUAAUAUAACAUGGAGCACAUGGUUUAUAGCUGCUAUAAUUCCUGGUUUAUUAAAUUUAACAAUUAUGCCGGUAUUUUUAUACUAUAUAUUAAAACCAGAAAACAUAGAUGUGAAUGAAGUUAAAACAUUUGCUAAAAAACAACUAAAAGCACUUAAAAAUUUUACAAAAGAGGAAUUGUUAAUUACUUUUACUCUAAUAGGUCUAAUUACUUUUUGGAUACUAGGUGAUUUUUUAAAUAUAAGUGCUACUAAAACAAUAUUAAUUGGGUUCUCUGUAUUAUUAUUAACACGUGUUAUUCCAUGGGAUGAUGUUAUAAAAAAUAAAAAAGCGUGGGGUAUUUUUAUAUGGUUUAGCACCCUAUUAAUGCUUUCAGAUUUUCUAGUAAAGUUUAACACUGUUUAUUGGAUUAAUGAAGAAAUAAAAUAUCUUAUUCAUGAUAUAGAUAAAACUUUAAUUAUACCAUUAUCACUUUUGUUAUUUUUUUAUUUACAUUACUUUUUUGUAAGCACAACUGCUUAUGUUUCAACAUUAUUUGCACCGUUUUUAAUUAUU